AUGUCCAAUCCAAUUCUACUAGGGGCCUACCCUAAUCACAGCCAAGAGCUUCAUCCUCCUCCAUCUGCACCACCAUCCUCUCAUUCCGACGCACCCUUCAUGAACUCAGAGAAGUGCCAGAAGCCCUACCCACUGAGCUUCCGCGAACGCCUUCGCCAUUUCACAUGGGCAUGGUACACCCUCACCAUGAGCGCCGGAGGUCUAGCCCUCCUCAUCGCGAACCAGCCGAACAAAUUCAAAGGCUACCGCGAGAUCGGCCUAGCCAUUUACCUCUUCAACCUUGUCCUCUUCUCCCUCGUCUGCUCUCUCAUGGCAGCACGCUUCAUACUCCACGGCGGAGCCCUCAACUCCCUCCGCCACGAACGUGAAGGCCUCUUCUUCCCAACCUUCUGGCUCUCCAUCGCAACAAUGAUCACCGGUCUGGAGAAGUACUUCGGCGACAACCCUGCCCCGUCCUUUACAACAACCCUCGAAGUCCUCUUCUGGAUAUACUGCUUCUGCACCUUCACUGUCGCCGUCGUACAAUACUCCUUCCUCUUCGCCUCGCGCACCUACCGCCUCCAAGCAAUGAUGCCCUCCUGGAUCCUGCCCGCCUUCCCAAUCAUGCUCAGCGGUACAAUCGCAUCCGUGAUCUCCUCCCGCCAGCCCGAGCGCGCAGCAAUCCCAAUCGUCACCGCCGGAAUGACCUUCCAAGGUCUAGGUUUCUGCAUCUCGUUCAUGAUGUACUCACACUACAUCGGACGGCUGAUGGAGAGUGGACUUCCGUGUCGGGAACACCGACCAGCGAUGUUCAUCUGCGUCGGACCUCCGGCCUUCACGGCGCUUGCUCUGGUUGGUAUGGCGCAGGGACUCCCCGAGACAUUCAACGUGAUGGGGAGUGCGGAUACUGCUGCUGAUGGACGGAUGCUGGAGAUACUGGCGUUGGCCGCGGGCGCGUUCCUGUGGGCGCUGAGCUUUUGGUUCUUCUGUGUUGCUGCUAUUGCGGUUAUUCGGUCGCCGCCGACGAACUUCCAUCUCAGCUGGUGGGCAAUGGUUUUCCCUAAUACGGGGUUCACAAUUGCUACUAUUACGCUUGGAAAUGCCUUUGACAGUGCGGCGAUUAGAGGUGUUGGCUCUGCGAUGACUAUCUGCAUUGUCUGCAUGUUCAUCUUUGUCUUUGUGAAUCAUGGUCUUGCGGUCUAUCGUCAGGAUAUUAUGUAUCCUGGCUCGUCUUGGCUUCAUCCCGAAGGAUUACUGGACCCCAGCACCGCGAUGAGGUGCGAGCCGUCGCUGGGGAAAUGGCAGGAUAAAUGGACGUUGCAGAACAAACAUGAUGAUGAAGUCCCUCUCUUCACUUCCCAGUCGGCACUAGGUUUCCCUAGGACCGGUGAGCAGAAGGCGGGGGAUAAAUGGCAAACAAGAAACCCGAAAGAUAAGACGUUGUGUUCCAACAUAGUGACGACGUCCCUCUCUUCACUUCCCAGUCGGCACCAGGUUUGCCCCGGGACCGGUGAGCAGAAGGCGGGGGAUAAAUGGCAAACAAGAAACCCGAAAGAUGAAAUGUAA